AGACAUUUAUGGAAAGAAACGGAGGCGCCGUGGGAGCUGCUUUCUGUCAUGAAAAGCCAGGGCUGGCUUCCUCAGGAGGGAAGUGUGCGGAGGCUCCUGUGUGCAGAUACCUACUGCCCUGUCUGCAAUGCCACGGCUCUGGAGAUCCAGCAGUUACUGGUGGGUGAGAACACCCCGAUCUCUGCAACUUCACCAGGACCAUCAGAGGGCUCUCCUUGCCUAAAGAUUUUGCCCAAGUCCAAUGUGCCUUUUGAGCAGAGUCUGGAGCAUCAUUCCACAAAUACUCAAAAGCCCGAGCUUUCAUCUGCAACCCAAACAGUGCCACAAUUAACAGCUAAGAAAUCCUUAUCCCAGUCAUUUACCUGGUCAGCUGGCCAAUCAGCCGAUCCAGUGAGUACGCAAGAUUACUUGGCUAAAAAUGUCCAUCUAGGACAGAGAAUUCAAUGUCAAGAUAGGCCCAGGGGGCAUGAGACUGAAGGGCCUAGGAUUCUAGUGAACCAGCAGAAGGUGACACCACACAAUCGCAACUUUGCGUAUGGGAACCAAGGUCAGCCACCUUUGCAUUCCCAGGUCCCUAUGCUGACCAUGAACCAAGAAAUCACUACCCUGACACAUCCUAUGGCCUUGCCUGUGGUCACUGUCCUCCCUUCCUACCUGCCAUUCUCCAGUCCCGAAGUCCUGAGGCUCCUUGAGGUGCAUGUAAAAAAAUGGAUGCAUUUCCAGAGGUGGGGGCUGCCCAGACGGGUAGAGGAGUCCCUGAGGCAGCGUAUGCCAAACCUGCCUUUGCUUUACCAACCUCUAAACAGCCAGCCAGUUUCUUUCAUCCAAAAUGAAUUCUCUGUAGAGACUUUUGUGCCCAUUUCUUACCAGACCUGGGGUCCAUGUAUGGCUGGCCAGUCUACUCAGGCAUUCUGGGUUUCUGAAUGGUCCAGGAUAAACCCAAUACAAAUACACCACUACCAGCAAAACCCAAACCACAGGGCCCUAGCCUUGCCCUUACCAAUAUUUAAAGACUCAAGCGGCCUCUACCCACUUCCUGGGCAACAGGCUAAUGACUCAGUGAGCCACUCACAGCAGAAAUACAUCCAGCUAUUCUGCGGCUUACCUUCUCUGCACAGCGAGUCUCUGGCUGACACCUCCUUGGGCUCUCAAGAUGACUCCGCACAUGGGAGCGUGUCCAAGCUCUCUGUGGAGGAUCCUUUACUCUUCAAGGAGCCCUCCUUCCUCCCUCUGCUGCCUAAAACUCCACCUCACUCAGCCCCACCCUCUUCCCCAAGAUCCCCAAAUUGGGUCAUGCCAUCUGGCCUUCAACAAGCUCAGAUCCAUGUCCCAUUUCUGACUCUGGCUGAGUGUGAAGCCUUAGAGUGUCACCUGCUGCAGAGGCAGCUCCAGCGUCAGGGGGGUCUGCCAGCUGUUCUCCAGCCAGCUCAGCACACCCAGAACCCCGUGCACUAUAAGCCUUGUGGCAGAGCCCAGUCUCCUCGGACUAUGAAAACUUCCUGGCCGGGAAAGCCCACUUCUGUCCUCACAAGGGAGCUGUCCUGGUCAGAGCAUGCCCGGAGGCUGCUGGACUUCCACCUCCAGAGGCAGCUGAUUCACCAUCGCUGGGGCCUGCCCCCGAUGAUCCAGCAGUCCUUCCAGUUGCUCCUGGCCCUCGCUCACCAGCAGACUCCAUCCUGGAGCAGCACAGCCCUAGCCAAGGGGAGUGUUUCCCAACAUUCAGCCCUAGAGGCUCCUGGCGCUGAUGACCCUUUCUCGCCCUCUAAGGACUCAGUGUCAGUCCUCAUGCCACACUUAUUUGACGAGGUCAAGGCAAUACUGCAGAGCCACAUCAACUCCAAAAGUGGGCAGAUCCAUGAGGGCAAGGUCCCUGCUCACGUGUAUAGGUCUGGUGAGGGCCUAAUUCCUGGGGGCAUCCCAGAAAGCAAGCUCCCAGAACUACAGGCAGCAACCCACCCUGACCUACAACAGAAAGCUAGGCUCUGGAUGCUAACAGGCCUUGAUCAGCAGCAACAGAUCUCCCCAGAUGCAGUCACUGAGCCUCGUAAGCUACCUCAAGCCCUGUCCAAGGAAGUCCUUGAGAAACUGGAGAUGAUUUUCAGGCACAAGUAUCUGGCCUUCUUGUCAGGGCUGAAUCCUCUUUAUUUCGUGCCUCCCUCCAAGGCCACGGCUCCAGCAAUCACUACUCAUGCUGCUGGCACAGAGGCUGUCAAACCCUUAACAGAACCUCUGACUCAGAAGAUCUCACUUGAAGAGCCGUGCCUAAGUCGUGAACCAUCUUUUCAAGGUACCAAUGAGACUUGUGCAGAAAAUGCAGGUGAUUUUCAGUCUGAAAAGCAAGUGGAAGGAAUGAUUGAGAUGAAGCCUCUAGAGAGGCAGACAGAGUCUGCUAGGCUCUGCCUACUCAAGAAGCACAUCUUGGCCAAACUAAAUUUCCACCUGAGAAGGAAGAUUUUAGAGAUACAAUGGGGAAUUCCCACAAAGGCAAGGGAGUCCAGGGAGCAAACUUUACAAAUCCCAGAGAACACAUCCACCCGGGAGUUUCUUAGGAGUCUAAACAACCAAGGAAAAACAUACCUCCAGGAGCUGCCCAUCUCACCAGACAUUCCCUGUGCCCCACAUGCAAAGCGGCUCUACCUUAAGGGACAGUUGUCCACUGAGUUAAAGGCAGUGCAGCAGGACCAGAAGCAACCUAGUUCCAGAGCAGCACUGCAUGGAUCUGCCCAUGGGCCCUCCUGCAGAGACAUGACACAGGGCCCAGUGCUUGGUGUGCAGCUGGAGGCCAGUGUGGACCAGCCCGGCCUGGAGGAGUCCCAGAUCCCUGAGUCCCAAAGCCCUGGCAAGAGCAAGUCCUCAGCCCCAGUCCCCAUGCUGAAUGAAAAGCAAGAAAACCCAAGGAAACCCAAAUCACCAGGAAAACGUGGAGGAGGAGAUGCAUGGUUUGUGCUCUCCUCUAUAAGAAAAAAAGGCUGCCCUGCUGGAGCCCAGCAGUCAAAAGGGAUGCUUCUGAACAGGAUAUCCCAAAGACCUUGGCUACAGAGACAUGGCUUUCACCUUGGUGCUCUCUGUCAGCACAGUUCCCAGCAUCGCCCUCAGCUUAAGCCCCCAGACCUCCUUCCAGGAGUCCCUGGUAGGAAGGAAUCUAAGAAGGAUGACCUGCAAGACAGUCGAACCAGGCUCAAUGUCAGCCUCCAGGGAGCGAGGAUUCCUAAGAAUGCCCAGCCUGCUGGGCCCCAGGCAUCACAGGGCCAGCCUGUCCUGCCCCGACUCGUUCAGCCUAAGUCAUUCCAGGGCCAAACUUUGCAAGGUCAGGUAUUGCAGGGGCCGGUGAUGCCAGCCCAUCCUGGCAAGAGGCCCAGCUCUCCAGAAUCAAAAUUGAGAUAUAAGGUGAAAUCCUUUCUGCAGUAUAUAAACCUCAAGGCAAAAGGCAAAGAGCACAAGGAAUCCAUGUUUGUGGCAGCUGUGCAAGUGGCCACCUCCAGCAAAGAACAUGGAGCAAAGAGGCUGGCUCCAGCCAAAAGUCCCGUGGAGCAAACUAAGACAAAGAUGCAGAUAAGAAGGGACCCCAAAGCCCAAUCUCCCCUGACUGAGAAGCAGGUGGGCCUGGCCUCCUUGGCAGGCUCCCAUUCCCCACACAGUAAGCUCCUCUGCUCCAGCUCCCAUCAACUCCCGUCUGCCUCAGGCUUAGGCCACCCCCUUCAUUAUCCUCAGCACUGUCCUCAAGUGGCUUGUGCCACCCAGCCUGGAUCCCACCCCAAUUCUCAACUCUCUCCCCAGAGGGAAAUGUUGGCCUGCCCAAGGAAGAUCCAACACAAUCAAAGGACUCUGUAGGCUCCUCCAGGUCUGCAUCCCUUGAAGGGAUAGCUAUUGUCUUUGUCAUUAAUAUGUAAAUGGGGCACCACACCACCCAAAAUACAGUCUAUAUCUUUAAGCACAAAGAGCUGUCUGUCUGCUCAUUCCCUCCACUGUUGUUUGU